CCUGCCCAGUCACUCCCUCUCAGCCGUUCGUGGGGGCCCUUCCCGGAGGAGGAGCGGGCCUUAGGGGUGCAGGAGCCACGGCCGGGGGAGAGGGCAAGCGCGGCCAAGAGGGAGGAGCUGACCCGAUCGCGCGGGAGCACUGGACGCCCGCGGGGAAGCAGGAACCCUGUCUGCCAGAAACUGGGGCCUGGUCCUUGGGAAAUGUGCGGGUUGGAGGGGCUGAGGGGUAGUUGUGCGGUGGCAGGGAGCUCCCUGUGGGGGGCCGGGGAUGGGCCCUGACCGGCGCCGGGCCCGGUCAGGCUCAGGCCAGGCUGGAAAGCUGCAGUCUUCUAGUUUGGAGGGGAGAACCGUGGCUAUCCGCUGACGGCAGGGCGAUGCCCCGGGACAGAGGUGUUGUCAGGGCACCAAUUACAAUGGGAGAUGACGCCGUCACCCAAGCCGAAAUGUUCUGUUUUUUUGACCACUGCUUCUUUUACCUUAUUCGUGCAAAAUGGGAAAUCGUUUGCAGAAACAACUUUGACUUCUUAAUUACUGUCAGGACCCCCUGUAAGCUCACACAUCUCUGCUCCAGGGCCAGGUCGGCAGAAGUUUGGGAAAGUGGAGGGCUGCUGCUAUUUUUAGAAAGAAGAAACAUGGAAAGUGGUGCAGUUUUGCUGGAAUCCAAAUCCUCACCGGUUAAUCUUCUGCAUGAAAUGCACCAACUACGCCUUCUGGGUCACCUGUGUGACGUGACUGUCAGCGUGGAGUACCAGGGCAUCCGCAAAGAAUUCAUGGCCCAUAAGGCAGUGCUGGCAGCCACCAGCAAAUUUUUUAAGGAAAUGUUCCUCAAUGAGAAGACUGUGGAUGGCAGUAGGACUAACGUUUACUUAAAUGAAGUGCAAGUUGUUGACUUUGCUUCAUUUCUUGAGUUUGUUUACACCGCAAAGGUACAGGUAGAAGAAGAUCGGGUACAGCGAAUGCUGGAAAUAGCUGAAAAGCUAAAAUGUUUAGACUUAUCAGAAACUUGUUUUCAGUUAAAGAAACAGAUGUUAGAGUCGGUACUUUUGGAGUUGCAGAGUUUCUCUGAGUCUCAGGAGGUGGAAGGGAGCAGUAGCUACCAAGGCAGUGUUACUCCUGAUACUGUGCCAAGUGUGGCUGCGGACAGUCCUCUUGCCAAUGGCCUUAUGGACUCCUCAGACCCCCUAGUGCAGAGAAUCAGCAAUGGCAUGUUGCCAGAUAUGCCACCAAGGAAGUCCAAGGAGAAACCAGACAAGAAGAAAGAUGUAGUUAAGACUUCCUACCCUAAAAUCAGAAGAGCUAGUGGAAGGCUGGCUGGCAGAAAGGUAUUUGUGGAAAUUCCUAAAAAGAAAUAUACAAGAAGACUCCGAGAACAGCAGAAAAGUGCUGAGGAUGAUGUGGGGGACUACAGGUGGCCACAAGAACCCAGCCCAGACACUAUGGGUACAGAGAUGGAGCUGGUAACAAAAAAUGAAGAUUUCAGUGCUAAAAUGGAGGUGGGGGAGGUGCUGCAGAAGGCAAGACAUAGGGAGGAGGAGAAUGAGGAGGGUGAGGAGGAGAAGAGGAGGAGCAACUUUAAGUGCACUAUCUGUGAAAAGGCCUUUUUGUAUGAAAAGAGCUUCCUGAAGCACAUCAGGCACUACCACGGAGUGGCCACUGAGGUGGUUCACCGGUGUGAUACCUGCAGCCAGACCUUUGCCAACCGCUGCAACCUGAAGAGCCACCAGCGUCACGUACACAGUAGUGAGCGCCACUUCCCAUGUGAGUUCUGUGGGAAGAAAUUCAAGAGGAAGAAGGAUGUCAAGCGGCAUGUGGUACAGGUCCAUGAGGGAGGUGGUGAGCGGCACCACUGCCAGCAGUGUGGCAAGGGCCUGAGUUCUAAGACGGCCCUACGGCUCCAUGAGCGGACACACACAGGCCACAAGCCCUACAGCUGCACUGAGUGUGAGGCCAAGUUCUCACAGCCCUCAGCACUGAAGACCCACAUGAGAAUUCAUACAGGGGAAAAACCUUUUGUCUGUGAUGAAUGUGGUGCAAGAUUCACUCAGAACCACAUGCUGAUAUAUCAUAAAAGGUGUCACACAGGUGAAAGACCUUUUAUGUGUGAAACAUGUGGCAAGAGUUUUGCUUCUAAGGAGUAUUUAAAACAUCACAAUAGAAUCCAUACUGGAUCCAAACCCUUUAAAUGUGAAGUUUGUUUCAGGACUUUUGCUCAGCGGAAUUCACUUUACCAGCAUAUUAAAGUCCACACAGGAGAACGUCCCUAUUGUUGCGACCAGUGUGGUAAGCAGUUCACCCAGCUCAAUGCUCUCCAGCGCCACCAUCGGAUCCACACAGGAGAGAAACCAUUCAUGUGUAAUGCAUGUGGACGGACCUUUACUGACAAGUCCACUCUCCGGCGGCACACCUCAGUACAUGAUAAGAAUACGCCAUGGAAGUCUUUCCUUGUUAUUGUAGAUGGCUCACCCAAGAAUGAUGAAGGGCAUAAAACUGAACAGCCUGAUGAAGAAUAUGCAUCAUCCAAACUUUCAGAUAAAUUGCUGUCUUUUGCAGAAAAUAACCACUUUCACAACCUGGCCACAGUCCAAGGCAGCGUAUCUACUGUACAUGAGAGUAGUUCUGUAGACACAGCCUGCAAGUCAGAUAAUUCUGUGGUGCCCCAGGAUGCUCUGCUGGCCACCACCAUCAGUGAGCUUAGUGAGCUUACUCCACAGACACAUCUGAUACCCACACAACUUCACUCUUUGACCAAUAUGGAGUAAGAGCUGGCAAUUACCUGCCAGGCAGGUCCCAUCCUGCACCUUGUGUAAUAGUGUAUGCAAGAUGAUGUCAGGAGCUAAGAAACAGGCAAAGAAUUGGGCAAGAAUGGCUUCUGAUUUUCCUAAAUUUUGAUAACUUGCACGUUUUUAUCAAAACAUUUUUAAAGCUUUCCCUUAAAAAUCCUUAUCUGCACGAUCCCAGCUACACUUUAUCAACACAUAAGGCAAUUAAUAUAACCUCACCUAAUUCUGUUGUAGGCUGCUACAUGCAUUAAUCAUUUUAAUGCUUGAGUACCUUGAUGUUUGUUAAGUUUAGACAACUACCUUAAUAAUAGAGUACACAAGAUAUUUUUCUAAAAAGCUGAAAUAAAACUGGGGCCAUGUAUUGUUUCUUUCCUGUCGAAUUGAAGCAAAUCAGAUUUGCUGAAGGGACCCUUGAAUGGGACUGAAGAAAUGAAUUACUGAAUUCAUUUCCUUCCACUCCCUUACACCCACACUAAAAAAGGAAUGACACUUGCAAACAGCUUAGUAUAACCCCUAAUCACAACACAUACACAGCUAGGAAAUUUGUCAUAAAAUAGCUUUUGAAAUGAGAUGUGGCUGUUCAGUUUCAUUCCUAAAAACCUAAUAAGGUAAAAUCUGUCCUACCAAAGAUUUUAGUAGCAACCUAUAGUUUUUGUUUUGUUUUGCAAAAAGGUGUGAAAAAUUAAGCCACAGGGUUUAAAACACUUGAAACUGUGUUUUUAUUUUACUGACCAGUAGCAAUGAGGUGAUUAUGGCAAACCUUAGAGCAGAGUAAUUAGUAUUUCUGUCUUUUCUGACUUAAUUUCUGUAACUUUCAGAAACCCAAACUUACACAUUUGUUUACUUAGGAACAUGAGAGAAUACAGCCAAGGGACCAAAAGCCUUGGCACACAUCAUUGAUUAUGCCUUAAAAGUAGAUUGUAGAGAACCAAUAAUUUGUCGUAAAUGCCCCUUUGGCUGUGUUAUGCUGGAGUUAAUGAAUUUGCAAUGAAAGGAUAAUUCUGCUGUAUUUACUAAGCUUGAUUCAUGGUUCCAGUGGCUUUUGUAUGUAGUUGUGACUCAUAAGUAACCCUAAACAUAUUUAUUUAAAGACAGCCUUAAAAGGGAAUUCUGUUGACAGUUUUUCUACAUUUUAAUUUAUUAACUUACUGUGAAAACACUUUCAUUUCUAAGAGAAAGAACUUAUCCAUAAGUUCCAGGAUGAAGACAUGGCUAUACCAUUCCAGAAACAUUAAUGAGGGAAAACUUUCUUCCUAUGUGCUUAUUUUGUUCUAGUUUAUAACAUGUUACAUACUAAAGCCACUAUAAGGUGUGUUUUAGGUGCUGAUAACAUGUUUCACACCUGCUCUUAAAGAACAGUGGUACUGAACUAGUUCAAAUUCAAUUAUGACAAUAUAUCCUAACUAGGUUACAGAACAACAACAAACAGUGACAGUUACAUAGCCAUUUUAUUCUUGGUAAGAAUGAACCUGCCUAACUGAUGUACUGUUUCAUGGAGUAAAGUCAUCUUAAUGAGAAGGAAUUUAAAUAAUAGAUUAUUUUGUUACCUACUAGAUGCAUUUUUGUCAUAAAAUUUUCUUUAGAAAUUCUAUAAAAAGUCAUUUAAUGUGUUAAUAAAUGUUUGUAAAAUAGUUUUGCAAGUUUUUUCCCUGUUAUUAGAAUUUAGGCUCUGUAGAUUGAAACAAGUAUAAUUUUCUUAAUUUCAUGGAUAAGGAAGUUUAAAAUCAAGACUGUAGUCCUAGGAAUAAUCUCUUUAGUUUUAACUAUGUGAACUGCACACUUAUUCUUUAGAAGUAAAAGGCCUAGUGAUAAGUAACACUAACCUUUACUUGUAUAGAAGUAACCUGUGCAGCUGUUGCUGUGGAAUGUGUAAGUGGACUGGUUUUUUCAAUGUCGUGUUUAAGAUUGCAUCAUAUAGAAGACUUAUUUCUCCAGUUUAUCUAUUUCUUUGCUUCCUGGGAAGGUAAAGCUGCCUCUGAGAAUAGAAGUCUGUUAACCUUAUGGAAGACUCAUCAUUGAGGGGUUUGUGGGGCAUCUCCUCCUAUCUCUCUUAGUCCAAGUACAGUCUCCCUGAGGGAAAGCAACCUAUCGUAUCACUAUGUCAGUCCUAAAUCCAUGACUGGGAAAGUGCCCUUGGUGCUGGCUGCUUCUCCUAGAGCCUCAGAAAAGGCAGUUAAGGGAGUGAUUUAGUGCCUUUCAACCAUAGUAUGGGAACUAGUCUCAGCCUGAACUCCAAAGAUCUCUGCUGAUUUUAGUUUUACCAAAAUUUUUGUUUUACACUUUGGGAAAAAAUGGACCAUGUGGUGGGAGAAGACCUUUAUUGAAGGUAAUUUUAACAAAUGUGGUUUUGCUAUGAAAUCCGAUAAUCCAAACCAACAAAUUUGAUGGUAAGUUACAACUUCGUUGUAACUUGUUAAAUUUAUACCUUAUCACACAGGGACAUUUUUUGAGACCAAUGAGUGGUCAUCCCUUUAAUUAAACUUGACAGUGUGAAA